AUGAAAGUCCCCGCUUCGAAAGCUCAAGAGAAUAUGCAUCGCGAGGCAAAAAGUUCGUAUUUUGAUUUGCCGGCGUUGGAUGUAUCCGUCGCAUUUCCUCAGGCAACUCCAGCUUCAAUCUUUCCCCCAAGUGUGUCAGAUUACUAUCAGUUUGAUGAUCUGUUGACUCCCGAAGAGCAAGCUGUUAGAAAGAAAGUAAGAGAGUGCAUGGAGAAGGAAGUUGCUCCGAUAAUGGCUAAGUAUUGGGAGAGGGCAGAAUUUCCUUUCGAAGUGGUCCCGAAGCUUGGCGCACUGCGAAUUGCUGGUGGCAGUAUCAAGGGGUAUGGUUGCCCUAAUCUCUCCAUUACUGCAAAUGCUGUUGCAGCAGCCGAGGUUGCAAGAGUUGAUGCCAGCUGCUCGACUUUCAUUUUGGUGCACUCUUCCUUGGCUAUGCUUACAAUUGCACUGUGUGGGUCUGAAGCACAAAAGGAGAAAUAUCUACCAUCUCUUGCAGAGCUUAAGACUGUAGCUUGUUGGGCCUUAACUGAACCAGAUUAUGGAAGUGACGCAAGUGCUUUGAAAACAACAGCAAGAAAGGUUGAGGGUGGCUGGAUACUUGAUGGCCAAAAGCGGUGGAUAGGGAACAGCACAUUUGCAGAUGUGUUAGUUAUUUUUGCUCGAAAUUUGUCAACAAAUCAGAUAAAUGGGUUCAUCCUAAAGAAGAACACUCCAGGCUUACAAGCUACUAAAAUAGAAAACAAAAUUGGUCUGAGAAUUGUUCAAAAUGGCGAUAUUCUGAUGAAGAACGUAUUUGUGCCUGAUGAAGACAGGCUUCCAGGAGUUAAUUCUUUUCAAGAUACAAACAAGGUACUUGCUGUUUCGCGCGUCAUGGUAGCCUGGCAGCCUAUUGGCAUUUCAAUGGGUGUUUAUGAUAUGUGUCACAGGUAUCUAAAGGAGAGAAAGCAAUUCGGUACCUCAUUAGCAGCUUUCCAACUAAACCAACAAAAGUUGGUUCGUAUGUUAGGUAACAUUCAAGCAAUGCAACUCAUCGGUUGGCGUUUGUGCAAGUUGUACGAGAGUGGUAAGAUGACUCCUGGUCAUGCUAGCUUGGGCAAGUCAUGGAUUACAUUGAUGGCGAGAGAGACUGUCUCUCUCGGGCGGGAGUUACUCGGUGGAAACGGGAUUUUAACCGACUUUCUUGUUGCAAAGGCUUUCUGUGAUUUGGAGCCUAUAUACACGUACGAAGGGACUUACGAUAUCAACACAUUGGUAACCGGUAGGGAAAUAACCGGAAUUGCUAGUUUUAAACCAGCCGUGUCUAGCAGCCGAAGCCGUUUGUAG